UUGUGACUGCACAGCAAAUACUGAAAAUGAGACAAACUGUACCCUCAAUCUUGACAUGUGGGAAGCAUAUAAAACUGAAUAAAUAUUUAUAGUUAUUUCUCAUAAUUUCUAAGUCAAUCUCAUGGUCAUAUAGGUCUGUUGUGUAGUUUUCAAAAAAUACCUUUGGUGAGGUGAUUUUUUCAGGAUGGAAAAGAUGACUGUGUAUACAUCUAUUUAUGAAUGCUAGUAUAUGCACUCUUGAUGAUACUCAGAAUUUUAGAAUAAAUAUCUUCUGUUAUUGCGUAUGCAUGAAUAUGAAGUUUGCCUUUGCAUUGUGUAACUUAUUCACAUGGGUGGGUUGUUUUGUUUUUGUCAAAAAAAGCCUGUUUUUACAGGAUUUUUUAAUGAACUCUGGAAUCUAUCUCUGGCUUCCUAUUCAUUUGCAAUUUUCAGUAUUAAAGAAAAUGCCAUGCAAUAACCUCAUGCUGUACUAGAUUUCCUUCAGGAACCUUGGAACGUUUUAUGGACAGUAACUAAUGCAUUGCCUCUUAGGAGCAAAGAAGCAUUUUAUUACAUGCUAACUUUGCAAGCUAUCUAUUAAAAUAGCCUUGAAACAUGCUGGAUAUGCCUGGAAACAGUGUGUUGUUCUAACAGAAUAAAGAAUGAACUGGCUUAACUGAUCCAUUUCAGGAUACAUUUGAAGGUUAAGCAACUACAGAUCUCAGUUAAUCUGAUGUAAUCUGCUGUUACUAAAUGGAUGUCUGCAUUCACAUUCGUAGCACACUGCACAUGAGUGCCUAGGAAUGAAGUUUUAAUUUUUUCCAUAUCGGUUCUGCUGGGGAGAAGUCAUGUAUCUAUUUGUUUAUUUCUACCUCCUAAUGACCUUUCUUGAAGAACUGCAUGGUUUUUGUCCUUCACAAUGCACUUGCGUUUACCAUGGCAGAAGCGAUGGCACUGGAGCAAGGUCUGUACUCUGUAAUGAUCCUGACAUGUAUGAGAUCCCCGUAAAUGUUCCUGUGGAUACUGUAAAACUUCGUAUAGAGAAAACUGUCAUACGAAGGAUUCCAACUGAAGCCUUUUACUACCUAGUAGAUCUCAAAUACCUGUGGGUAACUUACAACUGCGUGGCAAACAUUGAUAUCAGCAGUUUCUAUAACCUGAAACAACUGCAUGAGCUACGGCUGGAUGGUAAUCUGCUCUCGACGUUCCCUUGGGAAUCACUGGCAGAGAUGCCCAACCUACGGACUCUUGAUUUACACAAUAAUAAAGUAACCAGCAUUCCUGCUGAUGCUGGCCGGUACCUAAAAAACCUCACCUACCUGGAUAUAUCCAGCAACAAGCUAACCACCUUGCCAUCAGACUUGAUGGACAUUUGGCCCCCCUUCUCAGAAUCUGUCCUAUCUAAGAGCAGAGGCAGUCUAGCGACCCAGAGAGUCAUUUUGGGUUUGCAGGACAACCCAUGGUUUUGUGAUUGUCGCAUUUCAAAGCUAAUUGAAUUUUCCAAAAUUGUGGACAACUCAGUUGUACUUCUUGAUCCAUUGGUUUCAUGUAGUGGACCUGAGAGCCUGGCGGGAAUCCUGUUCCAGAGGGCUGAGCUAGAGCAGUGUCUUAAACCAUCUGUAAUGACAUCAGCUACGAAGAUCACUUCCCCACUGGGAAGCAACGUUCUGCUACGCUGUGAUGCGACUGGGUACCCAACACCGCAGCUUACUUGGACUAGGUCAGACAAUAUACCAGUGAACUACACAGUAAUCCAAGAAACACCUGGAGAGGGUGUCAGAUGGUCCAUAAUGAGCUUGACAGGGAUUUCAUACAAGGAUGCAGGAGAAUACAGAUGUAAAGCCAAGAACUUAGCAGGAAUGGCAGAAGCUGCUGUCACUGUCACAGUGAUUGGUGUAGUUACUACAACUGUGUCGCCACAGAAGUAUGGAAGGAAACAAGAGGCACAGAGACAGAAUACCACUCAGGAUGAAUCAAAGCAGGAACCUGAGAGGAAAACCACACCUCUUCCCACCACACCAACCACCACAGCACUGGUUAGCACUGAAGUAUCACCAAGCAUCAGGUUUACUGACAAGAAGCAAUCCAGGCCCAUGUCUGAUGGAAAGAAAAAUUCAAAGGCAGUGACAAGUGGAAUCAAAAAGCAGACUGGGGACCCAAGCAAGAAAAGUGAGGAGACAAAGCAGACCGGGGAGAUAGGCAAGAAAGGCGAGGAGACUUCAUUGAAUGCAGCAAGUACGGCUGAGCAAAAUGUCACCGUAAAGAAUCUAAGAGUGAUCAGUGAAACUGAUGAAAGAGUGACCUUAACUUGGAAAACUGUCAAUGCCACAAGCAGCUCUGCAGUGACCGUGUUAUACUCAAAGUAUGGUGAGAAAGAUAUGUUGCCUCUGAGCACUGAUUCUAGCAAAAACAAAGUCACAAUUGAUGGUUUGCAGCCUAGUACUCAAUAUAUGGCAUGUGUCUCACCCAAAGGAGUGCCACCUACAAAAGAGCAGUGCAUUAUUUUCUCCACUGAUAGGUUAAAUAAUGAAAGCAGCUCUCAGUUUUCAAUUCUGAUAUUGGCCAGCAGUGCAGCAUGUGUGGUUGUUUUACCUGUGAUAUUUUUCUUACUCUACAAACUUUUAAAACUUCGUAUGAAACCAAAAACUGCAAAGGAAGCUGACCUUGCAAGAGAGUCCUAUGUGAAAUUUGAAACACUCUCUCUGAAACCUCGAACAGUGUGUGCAAGAGAACAGCUCUGGGCACGAAGGUACACAGAUGAGUCGGAAAGGCUUCUCCUCUGUUCUAGGUCAAGCAUGGAUUCUCAAAUGACUUUCAAAAGUGAAGGCUCUAGGUCUGAGUAUCUGUGUUGAACAUGGGUGAGGGUGGAGGAGAUGGUAUGUAAAAUUAAUCCAAAAUGAUGAUACUGCAUUUGGAAGCAGGUUGGUGCUAGGUGGUGGUCAGAAUCUAUUAUGUGAUGUAGUACAGUCUCCUUGAUGGGUAGGGUGGUGGGUAGGAAGGAGAAUAGAAGAAAAAUGUUGCCUGAUUAUUUAUUCUUUUUUUACAUUUGUGACUUUGGAUGUGAAGGAAUGAUGUUCUUCAAAAGAAAAAUACAGCAUGAAAUGGUUGCGUGGUUGAAGAUCAUCUAUUUUUUUGUUUUCAUUAAAACACCAUUCUGUUUUCUCUUCUCUUGUUUUACUGUAUGAUGUGCUAGUUGCCUGUAUCAGACAUUAAUCACAACCUUCAUAAAAACGAAGGAGCUUCUUUAGUAUUCUGAAGCUCAGGCAAGAUAUCAUUAUGAGUAACUCUGGGGGCUGUAGUAGAUAUUAAGAAUGUUAAUUUACAUCAAAUAUCUUAUUGCAAAAUCUCAGCCUUAGAAUUUACUUGGAUGCAUAUGUGUGUAUACCUCAUUUUCAGAAAUCUCUCUACAGGAAAUCGUUAAUCACUAGUGUAAGAUUAAAUUCUGCCUGCUGGAAUGCUGGAGAGCUUUUCUGGUAAAAUACAGGUUGGCAAGAGAGAAACAUUUUGUCAAAAACCCUCUGACAUAAACUUAUGGCAGAAAAUGAACACGCUGAAAAAUCUCCAUCUACAUGAUGAUGCUCAGCAGUCAGGAUUAAUAGACUGAGCAUUUGAGACCAUGGGAGCUGUAGUAAGGAAGCAGGUGAGAUGUUUAAAAGCACAAAAUUAGCUCACCUACAUAUGAUUUUAGAAUUAAGCUUGGUGUUCCUUUCUGUGUUACAAGUAUGUGUGGUUAAAAGGUACUCUUUCUUCUUUUUCUAAGAAUAAUUUUAAUUGCAGUAAAAAUGUUUUCUGAUUUCUGGGUGGAAAAGUUUUGAUUUGGCAGUUUUUGUUGGAAUUUGGGAUUUUUUGGGAAAGCAGAUUUUUCUUGUGUUAAAACCGAGGUUCAUCUGACAAGCAGGUUAUGAUAAACUAAAGUUCUAGCUGGAUCUGAAGUGUGGCAAUAUUUGCCUUCUCUUUUCCAUAUAGAUAUUGUAGGCAGUAGCCACUAGUUGCUGCUGAAGGUGUUUCCAAUUAAAAACACCGUGCUUGCCCUUAAUGAGAGGAAUUGUUUUAACAUAUAUUUUUUAAUUUGUGGAGAAUAUUUGAUUUCGGGUUUCAAAGCUUUGCAGGAAACUUGAAUCUGGAGUUCAAAAGUGCCAUCACCUGACUUGUAGGUGGUACAUCAAUACAUAGGAGUGAAGUGGUACAAACCUCACUUAUGACAGCUCACUUGCAAAUAUGAAUAAAACCUUUUGGUUUGACUAAUCCUUGCGGGGAAUUGGCACGUCCUAACAUUAGAAAUUACUCUCUAUGACCACAUGUGCUAUCAGUAUAUCAAGGAAAAAAUGUAUUAUAAAGGGCAUGUUCUUUCGAGUAAACAUGCGAUACAUUAUUUUUUCCACAGCUCUU